GCGCAUCUCCUCUCAAAUUCACAAUGGCGACCCCUCGCGGUGCCAAACGGCGUCGCUCAGUCACACCUCCCCCGGGAUCCUCGCCCGCGGGACCGUCGCGCGCAGAACGCGACGAAGAGUCAUCCCUUCCACCGUCCUCACCACCUGCGCCUUUCUCUGACACAGACGAGAGCCUGGAUGAGCGCGACGCGGUCAAAGACAUCGAGGAUGACGCGGAUGAUGCCGAAGACGGAGACGAUCUAUUCGCAGAGGAGUUCGAAGACGAUUAUGCGACGAACGAGCUACUGGACCGAUACUCCGACCGCGACAUUGACGAUGACCAAGACUUUGAGGAGAUGUCGGCCGCUCAAAGGCGCGCUGCUGAGGCCAAUAUGGCUCGCAGAGACCGUCUGGAGCGCGGAGGCCGGAGGGGUGCCCGUGCUGCUGCUCGAAGUCGCAUGCCCGACUUCCUUCAAAGCGAUGAUAUGGAAGACGACGACGUCGAUGGUGGUCUUCUUGCGGGCAUGAAGAGGCGCACCCGGCGGCAAUACGAUGAGAGGAAGGACCUCGACGACUUGGAAGGUGUAGACGAUGAACUUCCGCUGGAGCAACUGAGUGAUAUCAAAGCGAAGUCGAUUGCGGAAUGGAUCGCCAACGAACGUGUUAGACGAUCUAUCGUUCGGCACUUCCGCCAGUUCCUCAUGACAUAUGUUGACGAGAACGGCGCGUCGGUGUACGGUCAACGCAUCCGACACUUGGGAGAAAACAAUGCCGAGUCGUUGGAAGUAUCGUAUCUGCACCUUGCGUUGUCGAAGCCCAUCCUCGCUUACUUCCUCACCAACUGUCCGAGCGCUAUGUUGGCCAUCUUCGACGAAGUUGCGUUGAGCGCGAUCUUGCUCUAUUACCCGGCCUACGAACGUAUUCAUUCGGAGGUGCACGUUCGCAUAACCGACCUCCCCCUCGCUUCCUCUCUUCGCGACCUCCGGCGAUCACAUCUCAACACUCUUGUCCGAGUAACCGGCGUCGUGACUCGUCGAACGGGAGUGUUCCCACAACUCAAAUACGUGAAGUUCGACUGCCGGAAGUGCGGGGCGGUGCUGGGUCCCUUCUACCAGGAUUCGACCCGGGAGGUGAAGAUUAGCUAUUGCCCCAACUGCGAGAGCAAAGGACCCUUCCAUGUCAAUUCAGAGCAGACGGUGUACAGAAAUUACCAGAAAAUGACGCUGCAAGAGUCUCCCGGCUCUGUUCCCCCUGGACGUCUCCCACGGCAUCGCGAAGUCGUGCUGCUAUGGGAUUUGAUAGACAGGGCGAAGCCUGGCGAGGAAAUUGAAAUCACUGGUAUAUACCGCAACAAUUUCGACGCGUCCCUCAACUCCAAGAAUGGCUUCCCGGUGUUCUCGACGAUCCUAGAAGCCAACCACGUCAACAAGAAAGAGGACCAGUUCGCGGCCUUCCGCUUGACCGAGGAUGACGAAAAGGAGAUCCUACUGCUAGCGCGUGACGACCGCAUUCGUAAACGCAUCAUCAAGUCUAUCGCCCCCUCCAUCUACGGCCAUGAAGACAUCAAGACAGCCUUGGCCCUAUCGCUUUUCUCCGGUGUUUCCAAGGAUAUUAACCGGAAGCAUCGUAUUCGUGGUGAUAUCAACGUCCUUCUGCUCGGUGACCCAGGAACGGCCAAGUCCCAAUUCUUGAAGUAUGUGGAGAAGACGGCCCAUCGUUCUGUGUUCGCCACGGGUCAGGGCGCGUCUGCCGUCGGUCUUACGGCGAGCGUGCGCAAGGAUCCUAUCACGCGCGAGUGGACUCUGGAGGGUGGCGCACUCGUGCUCGCCGACAAGGGAACUUGUCUCAUCGACGAGUUCGACAAGAUGAACGACUCCGAUCGGACGUCGAUUCACGAGGCGAUGGAGCAGCAGUCCAUCUCGAUAUCCAAGGCCGGUAUCGUCACCACGCUUCAGGCGCGGUGCGCCAUCAUUGCCGCGGCCAACCCGAUCCGUGGCCGCUACAAUCCCACCAUUCCUUUCCAGCAGAAUGUCGAGCUGACAGAGCCCAUUCUGUCGCGUUUCGACGUCCUGUGCGUGGUGAAGGACACGGUCGACCCCGUCCAGGACGAACUCCUCGCUCGAUUCGUCGUAGGCAGCCAUCUGCGGAGCCACCCCAAGUUCGAGGCGCACAAAGAUGAGAUGGACGUCGGGACUACCUUGGAUGCAGACAUCAUUCCGCAAGAUCUGCUCCGGAAGUACAUUAUGUACGCGAAGGACAAAGUGCGCCCCAAGUUGUUCGACCUCGACCAGGACAAGAUUUCGCGGCUGUUCUCCGACUUGCGUCGCGAAUCGCUCGCCACUGGUUCAUUCCCCAUCACCAUCCGUCACCUGGAGAGCAUCAUCCGCAUGUCAGAGGCGAGCGCGAAAAUGGCGCUGCGCGAGUACGUGCGCGCGGACGACAUCGACCUCGCAAUUUCCGUGACCAUCGGGAGCUUCGUGAAUGCUCAGAAGAUGUCGAUCAAGAAGACGCUCGAGCGAGGCUUCCGCAAGUACCUCACGCAGGCGCGCGACCACGAGGAGCUGCUCGCGUUCCUUCUCGGACAAAUCGUCAAGGAGAAAGCGCGCUACUACCAGUUGCAGAGGCACUCGCAGCCCGAUUCUGUAACCGUCAAGACCACCGAGCUGGACGAACGGGCCAAGGAACACGACAUCUACGAUACCAACCCUUUCCUGCGCUCGAAGCUGUUCGCAGCGAACGGGUACAAGCUGAAGGACGGCGUAAUCGAGAAGGCGUUCAAGCGCGGAGACGAAGAGUAAGGGAAAACGCUGUGAUAUAUGUCUGUCUGCGGAAGUCUCUGCUGUGCGAAGUGUAUGUCUGCCUUGUUGUCUUAGUCCGUAUCUUUGCUAGUUGUGGUGUUUUCUGCCAGAAUCCUAUGUGUACUGUUACUACGAUGUCUGUGCGUGUGUAUAUGUUAAAGUCCGUGUCAAUGUCAAUCAACC